UCAGAACUCUUCUCCUUCCCAAAAUUACCUUCCCGCCAAUCUCCUCCCCCAAAACCCUCAGAUUCCGACUCACCGGAGAAACAUGGAACCUCACCGCCCAAUCGCACGAAGACUACAUCGCAAACCCCUCGGAGACUGCACCAACACCGUCUCCCAAACCACCAAGCAACAGUCAUCUUCUUCCUCCUCCGUCGUCAAAUUCGCGAACCCGAGCCUCACUUGUUCUCUCAAGAGGUUAGUCGAUCAAACCUCCCUCAAGGAGAGAAACAACAACGACGACGUCGAUAGCUCAAAAGAUGGUCCCGAAACCGCUUCCACGAGCUUAAGGGCCGUGACUCGCCGUGUAUCCGCCGAUCUGAUUUUUCCGGCGACUACGCCUUCUCGUCCUUCGAAACCCAAAGAUGUUGAGAAAACAGAGGCUGCUCCCACGCGCGGAAGGCCCGUGACUCGCCGUGUGUGUACCGAUCUGGGGUUUCCGGCGUCUGCGCCUCUUCGUCGCCAAAACUCGCGCUCCGGCGAGGGCGUUGGUGGUGAGAAGGAGGUUGCUGAGCCUUACUCUGUUUACACGUCUAGAAGGAAGGCUUCUUCUGGGAGAAAAAGGAGUAACCACGCAGUGGCUGCUAAUCUUCGUCUUGACUUGAUAUCAAGCCCUGCUGGGAAGAAAAGACGUCAAGCAAAUGAAAACACAGUCAAGCCCUCGAAACUGGCUCCCAUAAAGAGGCAGCGAACAACAAAGCAUGAGGAAGAUGAUUUGGCUAACGGAGUUUCUCAGGAUUACAUCGAGAAGCAGAGAGCUUACUUUGCAGAGAUCGAUGCAUUUGAGCUUGCAGAAGAAGAGGUAUCUGAUAGCGACUUAGACUAAGUGAUAAACUAUCUUAAGGAUAUCCAUGACACACCUUAACACGUUCGUUCGUUCGUUCAUAUCACUGUAUAGCUAAGGCUUCUUCUCACAUGAAAGUAUCACUGAUCUAUCUCUUAAUACAGAUGACAUGCCAAUAUCAGUUUAUAAUCUUUGACUUGGUUGUACUGGGAGAACUUUAUUGGUUAUGCAAUGAAAAAUGCCAGUUUACACUUUACAACA